AGUAUUUAAUGGGGAUUAGGCUACAGCAAUGUCUCCUCCCAACUGGGUACCAAGUGCUGCCCUGGGAGAGAAACAAUGGCAGCUCCGUGCAACAUACAUCAGCUGCCCUCUCACGGGAGCUGGAUCCCACCCCUACCACUACACCGUCAGUUGACAACCUCCAUCCAGCCCACUGCUGCUCAUGGCAGGACCAUGCAGUCGCCUUCUGGGGCCAUCCCGGCCUCCUCCAACACAAGGGAGCAGCCUUGCCCUGGUUAGGCUGAGCACCUAGGGUAGAAGCAGUAGGACCCCUCAAAGGCUCAUGGAAGACAAGCAGCACACAAAGAUUAUCUGAUGUGUGUUUUUUCUUUGCAAUUAUGUCUUGAGUGCAGAUAUGGUUGUAUCUUCUGUUCGCGUCUUGUGGCCCUGCAAAGGAAGAUGUGAUCAGCCACAGGGAGGAGAUAAGAUAGAAACUGUGGUGCAAUGGGUGAUGUUGUUUCCUCUAUAGUUUUAUAUCCUCUUGGUUCAGAUCUGCUGUAGAUUUGGGAGGAACAGCAGCAGCAGAUUAGCAAGAGAUACGACUGAUUGGCUCUAGCCCAAGUGGGAGGAGAGAAGUGAGUCAGUGUGGGAAAACAGUUGAAAACUGAGGAAUUUGCUUUGUAAAUUGGUAAAUCAGGCAAUUUAUCAGUCAAUUUAAGCAAGACGGCUCUUAGCGAGCGGCAGUGAGGAGUGGCCUAGUGAGGGAAGUGCCCUGUGAGUAAAGUUUGAGUCUUCGGCGAGGAGGCUUUGGAGAGGAGACCACGCAAUACGCUUGAGAGGUAGAGACGAUAGAAGGAGAUGCCAGGCAAGCUGAUUCAGUGCGAUGCUUGCAGUAUGUGGGAGGUCAAGGACACCGCUGGUGCCUCUGGCUGCUACAAAUGCGAAAAGUGCAUCCAGGUGGAGCUCCUGAAGGGCCAUGUUGGGGAACUGGAGAAGCAAGUGGAUGACCUCCGGUUCAUACGAGAAACGGAGUCGUUCCUCGAUAAGUCCUACAGUACGAUUGUUACACCUGAGGUACUGGAAGAGAGAAGGUGGGAGACAGUGAGAAAGGGAGGGAAGCAUGGAAUGCCAACGUCCCCGGGUGGUGUACCUCUUGUAAACAGGUUCACCCGCUUAGAAGCUGUUGGGACAGAAGACGUGAGCGGCGGACUGGCUUGCGAUGCGAAUAGGGCUGUUGAGCCAAAACCAAAAAGGCCUAAGGCAGGCAAGACCAUUGUAGUGGGAGACUCCAUCGUGAGAGGUACGGACAGGGGUUUCUGCGGCAACAGACGGGAUGCGAGGAUGGUGUGCUGCCUUCCCGGUGCCAGGAUCCAGGAUGUCACGGACAGAGUGCAGAAAAUCCUCAAGGGCGAAGGUGAACAUCCGGAAGUGGUAGUGCAUGUCGGCACAAACGAUGUCGGAAAGAAGGGGAUGAAUAUUCUGCAGCGUGACUUUAGAGAGCUCGGAAAAAUGUUGAAAAGCAGGACCUCCAGGGUUGUUAUCUCCGGUUUGCUUCCAGUUCCCCAUGCUGGCGAGAGCAGGAACAGGGAGAUACGGGACCUGAACGUGUGGCUGAGGAACUGGUGCAUGGGGCAGGGAUUUCGAUUCUUAGAUCACUGGGAUCUGUUUUGGGGUAAGGGGGAACUGUACAAAAGGGACGGAUUGCAUCUUAAUAGGUGUGGGACCAGCAUUCUGGCAGGCAGGUUUGCCACUGCUACACGGGUGGCAUUAAACUGAAUAAGGGGGGUGGGGUGUCGAAUGGGAUAGUGGAGGAUGGAGUUAAAGGGAAAGGGUUUCUUAAAUGUGUGAGCGUAGAGACGGAGGGGUGUAAAAUGAGGGUAGAAGCAAUAGGUAGCAAGGUGAAAAGUAAAAGUUGCAGGCAGACAAAACUAGGGCAAAAAUCAAAAAGGGCCACUUUUCAACAUAAUUGUAUAAUGGGUAAGAGUGUUGUAAAAACAAGCCUGAAGGCUUUGUGUCUCAAUGCAAGGAGCAUUCGUAAUAAGGUGGAUGAGUUGAAUGUGCAGAUAGCUAUUAAUGACUAUGAUAUAGUUGGGAUCACGGAGACAUGGCUCCAGGGUGACCAAGGCUGGGAGCUGAACAUCCAGGGAUAUUCAAUAUUCAGGAGGGAUAGAGAGAAAGGAAAAGGAGGUGGGGUAGCGUUACUGAUUAGAGAGGAGAUUAAUGCAAUGGAAAGGAAGGACAUUAGUUUGGAGGAUGUGGAAUCGGUAUGGGUAGAGCUGCGAAACACUAAGGGGCAGAAAACGCUGGUGGGUGUUGUGUACAGGCCACCUAACAGUAGUAGUGAAGUUGGAGAUGGUAUCAAACAGGAAAUUAGAAAUGCGUGCAACAAAGGCAAAACAGUUAUAAUGGGUGACUUCAAUCUACAUAUAGAUUGGGUGAAUCAAAUUGGCAGGGGUGCUGAGGAAGAGGAUUUCUUGGAAUGUAUGCAGGAUAGUUAUCUAAAUCAACAUGUAGAGGAACCAAUGAGAGAGCAGGCUAUUUUAGACUGGGUAUUGAGUAAUGAGGAAGGGUUAGUUAGCAAUCUUGUUGUACGUGCCCCCUUGGGCAAGAGUGACCAUAAUAUGGUUGAGUUCUUCAUUAGGAUGGAGAGUGACAUUGUUAAUUCAGAAACAAUGGCUCUGAACUUAAAGAAAGGUAACUUUGAGGGUAUGAGACGUGAAUUGGCCAAGAUUGACUGGCAAUUAAUUCUAAAAGGGUUGACGGUGGAUAUGCAAUGGAAGACAUUUAAAGACUUCAUGGAUGAACUACAAAAAUUGUUCAUCCCAGUUUGGCAAAAGAAUAAAUCAGGGAAGGUAGUACAAGGAUAACAAGGGAAAUCAGGGAUAGUAUCAAAGCGAAGGAUGAUGCGUACAAAUUAGCCAGAAAAAGUAGCAUACCGGAGGACUGGGACAAAUUCAGAGACCAACAGAGGAGGACGAAGGGCUUAAUUAGGAAAGGAAAAAUAGAUUAUGAAAGAAAACUGGCAGGGAACAUAAAAACUGACUGCAAAAGUUUUUAUAGAAAUGUGAAAAGAUAGAGAUUAGUUAAAACAAAUGUAGGUCCCUUGCAGUCAGAAACAGGUGAGUUGAUCAUGGGGAACAAGGAUAUGGCGGACCAAUUGAAUAACUACUUUGGUUCCGUCUUCACUAAGGGAGACAUAAAUAAUUUGCCGGAAAUAGCAGGGGACCGCGGGUCAAAGGAGUUGGAGGAAUUGAGUGAAAUCCAGGUUAGCCGGGAAGUAGUGUUGGGUAAAUUGAAUGGAUUAAAGGCCGAUAAAUCCCCAGGGCCAGAUAGGCUGCAUCCCAGAGUACUUAAGGAAGUAGCUCCAGAAAUAGUGGAUGCAUUAGUAAUAAUCUUUCAAAACUCUUUAGAUUCUGGAGUAGUUCCUGAGGAUUGGCGGGUAGCAAACGUAACCCCACUUUUUAAGAAGGGAGGGAGAGAGAAAACGGGGAAUUACAGACCAGUUGGUCUAACGUCGGUAGUGGGGAAACUGCUAGAGUCAGUUAUUAAAGAUGGGAUAGCAGCACAUUUGGAAAGUGGUGAAAUCAUUGGACAAAGUCAGCAUGGAUUUACGAAAGGUAAAUCAUGUCUGACGUAUCUUAUAGAAUUUUUCGAGGAUGUAACUAGUAGUGUGGAUAGGGGAGAACCAGUGGAUGUGGUGUAUCUGGACUUCCAGAAGGCUUUUGACAAGGUCCCACAUAAGAGAUUAGUAUACAAACUUAAAGCACACGGCAUUGGGGGUUCAGUAUUAAUGUGGAUAGAGAACUGGCUGGCAAACAGGAAGCAAAGAGUAGGAGUAAACGGGUCCUUUUCAGAAUGGCAGGCAGUGACUAGUGGGGUACCGCAAGGCUCAGUGCUGGGACCCCAGCUAUUUACAAUAUAUAUUAAUGAUCUGGAUGAGGGAAUUGAAGGCAAUAUCUCCAAGUUUGCGGAUGACACUAAGCUGGGGGGCAGUGUUAGCUGUGAGGAGGAUGCUAGGAGACUGCAAGGUGACUUGGAUAGGCUGGGUGAGUGGGACAAAUGUUU